GCGGAGCAUGGUAACUUCUCCAGCAAUCAGAGCGCUCCCCCUCACAUCAGUGGCAUGCUUCAUGGAGAUAUGCUCCUUUCACUGCCCUCUGCACCAGCAACAUGGAUUGUCACCUCUCCAUCCUCCUCGUUCUCAGCUGCUGUCUUCUUCACUGCUUUGGGGAACUGAAUGUCCAGCCUUCCAAUGAAGUGAAUCUACUGGAUUCCAAGACAAUCCAAGGAGAACUUGGUUGGAUCUCUUACCCAUCACAUGGGUGGGAAGAGAUAAGUGGUGUUGAUGAACACUACACACCCAUUCGGACUUACCAGGUGUGUAAUGUUAUGGAUCACAGCCAAAAUAAUUGGCUAAGGACAAACUGGGUGCCCAGGAACUCAGCUCAGAAGAUAUAUGUGGAGCUCAAGUUCACUCUCCGGGACUGCAAUAGUAUUCCAUUGGUUUUGGGAACUUGCAAGGAAACUUUCAACCUAUACUACAUGGAGUCUGAUGAUGAUCAUGGAGUUAAAUUCCGAGAAAAUCAGUUCGUAAAGAUCGAUACCAUCGCAGCUGAUGAAAGUUUUACUCAAAUGGACCUUGGGGACCGCAUCCUAAAACUCAAUACUGAGAUUAGAGAAGUAGGUCCUGUCAACAAAAAGGGAUUUUAUUUGGCUUUUCAAGACGUUGGUGCUUGCGUUGCCUUGGUAUCUGUGAGAGUGUAUUUCAAAAAGUGUCCGUUCACGAUCAAGAAUUUAGCUAUGUUUCCAGACACAGUACCCAUGGAUUCUCAAUCUCUAGUGGAAGUGAGAGGUUCUUGUGUGAACAAUUCUAAGGAAGAAGACCCUCCCAGGAUGUACUGCAGUACAGAAGGUGAAUGGCUUGUUCCUAUCGGCAAGUGUGCAUGUAAUGCCGGUUAUGAAGAAAGAGGAUUUACAUGUCAAGCUUGUCGACCAGGCUUCUACAAGGCUUCAGAUGGUAAUAUGAAGUGUGCCAAAUGCCCACCUCACAGUUCUACUUAUGAAGAUGGUUCAGUCAACUGCAGGUGUGAGAAUAAUUACUUCCGAGCAGACAAAGACCCUCCAUCCAUGGCUUGUACCCGAGCUCCAUCUGCACCAAGAAAUGUUAUCUCUAAUAUAAACGAAACUUCUGUUAUCCUGGACUGGAGUUGGCCCCUAGACACAGGAGGCCGGAAAGAUGUUACCUUCAACAUCAUAUGUAAAAAAUGUGGGUGGAAUGUAAAACAGUGUGAACCAUGCAGUCCAAAUGUCCACUUCCUCCCUCGACAGUUUGGACUAACCAACACCACAGUGACAGUGACAGACCUCCUGGCACACACUAACUACACCUUUGAGAUCGAUGCCAUUAAUGGGGUGUCUGAACUGAGCUCUACACCAAGACAGUUUGCUGCCGUCAGCAUCACCACUAACCAGGCUGCUCCAUCACCAGUCAUGACAAUUAAGAAGGAUCGAACAUCCAGAAACAGUAUUUCUUUAUCCUGGCAAGAACCUGAACACCCAAAUGGGAUUAUAUUGGACUACGAGGUCAAAUACUAUGAAAAGCAGGAACAAGAGACAAGUUACACCAUCCUAAGGGCAAGAGGCACAAAUGUUACCAUCAGCAGCCUCAAACCUGAUUCCACAUACGUGUUCCAAAUCCGAGCACGAACAGCAGCUGGAUAUGGGACCAACAGUCGCAAGUUUGAGUUUGAAACUAGUCCUGAUUCUUUCUCCAUCUCUGGUGAAAGCAGCCAAGUGGUUCUGAUAGCCAUUUCAGCGGCAGUAGCAAUCAUUCUCCUCACAGUCGUUACUUACAUUUUGAUUGGGAGAUUCUGUGGCUACAACAAAUCAAAACAUGGUACAGAUGAAAAAAGACUUCAUUUUGGGAAUGGACACUUAAAGCUUCCAGGUCUCAGGACUUAUGUGGACCCACAUACAUAUGAAGACCCUACCCAAGCAGUCCAUGAGUUUGCUAAGGAAUUGGAUGCUACCAACAUAUCCAUUGAUAAAGUUGUUGGAGCAGGUGAAUUUGGAGAGGUAUGCAGUGGUCGCUUAAAACUUCCUUCAAAAAAAGAGAUUUCAGUGGCCAUCAAGACCCUUAAAGUAGGCUACACAGACAAACAGAGGAGAGAUUUUCUUGGAGAAGCCAGCAUCAUGGGACAAUUUGACCAUCCUAACAUCAUUCGACUAGAAGGAGUAGUUACUAAAAGUAAACCAGUGAUGAUUGUCACAGAGUACAUGGAAAAUGGUUCCUUGGACAGUUUCUUACGUAAACAUGACGCCCAGUUUACAGUCAUCCAGCUCGUAGGAAUGCUUCGAGGGAUUGCAUCUGGCAUGAAGUACCUCUCUGAUAUGGGCUAUGUUCACCGGGACCUCGCUGCGAGGAACAUUUUAAUCAACAGCAAUUUGGUGUGUAAGGUUUCUGAUUUUGGACUUUCACGUGUUCUAGAAGAUGACCCAGAAGCUGCUUACACAACAAGAGGAGGGAAGAUCCCAAUCCGGUGGACAUCACCAGAAGCUAUAGCCUACCGCAAAUUCACGUCUGCCAGCGACGUAUGGAGUUAUGGGAUUGUUCUAUGGGAGGUGAUGUCCUAUGGAGAGAGACCAUACUGGGAGAUGUCCAAUCAGGAUGUCAUUAAAGCAGUGGAUGAAGGCUAUCGACUGCCACCCCCCAUGGACUGCCCAGCUGCAUUAUAUCAGCUGAUGUUGGACUGUUGGCAGAAGGACAGAAACAACAGACCCAAAUUUGAGCAGAUUGUAAGCAUUCUGGACAAGCUGAUUCGGAACCCAGGCAGUUUGAAAAUCAUCACCAGUGCGGCAGCAAGGCCAUCAAAUCUUCUUCUGGACCAAAGCAACGUUGACAUCACUACCUUCCACACAACAGCUGACUGGCUUAAUGGUGUCCGAACAGCCCAGUGCAAGGAUAUUUUCACAGGCGUGGAAUACAGUUCUUGUGAUACCAUCGCCAAGAUUUCCACAGAUGACAUGAAAAAGUUUGGGGUCACCGUGGGACCACAGAAGAAGAUCAUCAGUAGCAUUAAAGCACUAGAAACUCAGUCAAAGAAUAGUCCGGUUCCAGUAUAA